CCGCCAACUUCUCUGGAUGGGACCAGAAGUUUCUAGCCGGCCAGUUGCUACCUCCCUUUAUCUCCUCCUUCCCCUUUGGCAGCGGGGAGGCUAUUUCCAGACACUUCCAGCCCUCUCCGGCCACGUCACCCCCUUCUUCAAUUCAUAAAGGUGCCCGGCGCCGGCUUCCCGGACACGUCGGCGGCGCGCAAGGCUUUCGCUCCGGCGGCGACAGGCGAGCGACUCGGCGCCUGGAGGCCCAGCACCCCGAGCUCCGCACCCCGUACCCCGGCGGCCGCCCCUCCGGGCCCACCCCGAGCCAGCAUGAGCGCCGCCACCCACUCGCCCAUGGUGCCGAUGGCGUCCGGCAGCGGCGCCGGUGACCGCGACCCCCUGCCCCCCGGCUGGGAAAUCAAGAUCGACCCGCAGACAGGCUGGCCCUUCUUCGUGGACCACAACAGCCGCACCACGACGUGGAACGACCCGCGCGUGCCCCCCGAGGGCCCCAAGGAAACUUCAUCCUCUGCAAAUGGCCCUUCCCGGGAGGGCUCCAAGCUGCUGCCCACUAGGGAAGGCCACACUGUGUACCCCCAACUCCGACCAGGCUACAUUCCCAUUCCUGUCCUCCAUGAAGGUGCUGACAGCCGGCAGCCCCACUCUUUCUUUGCCUAUCCCCAGCCUGGGACGCAGCGAUUCCGAACCGAGGCAGCCACAGACGCUCCUCAGAGGUCCCAGUCACCUCUGCGGGGUGUGGCGGAAGCUACCCAGCCGGAUAAACAGUGUAGGCAGGUGGGGGCGGCAGCUGCAGUGGCCCAGCCCCCAGCCUCCCACGGACCUGAGCGAUCCCAGUCUCCAGCUGCCUCAGACUGCUCAUCCUCAUCCUCCUCGGCCAGCCUGCCCUCUUCUUCUGGCAGGAGCAGCCUGGGUAGUCACCAGCUUCCCCGGGGCUACAUCCCCAUCCCAGUGAUACAUGAGCAGAAUGUCACCCGGCCGGCAGCCCAGCCCUCCCUCCACCAAGCCCAGAAGACCCACUACCCAGCUCAGCAGGGUGAAUACCAGACCCACCAGCCUGUGUACCACAGGAUCCAGGGUGAUGACUGGGAGCCCCGGCCCCUGCCGACAGCAUCCCCGUUCCGGUCACCCGUCCGGAGCGUGUCCAGCCGGGAGGGCUCUCCAGCCAGAAGCAGCACACCUGUGCACUCCCCAUCACCCCUCCGUGUGCAUGCUGUGGUUGACAGGCCUCAGCCCAUGACCCAUCAAGAAUCUUCACCUGUUCCCCAACCUGAAAACAAACCAGAGAGCAAGCCAGGCCCAGUUGGACCAGAUCUCCUUCCUGGACACAUCCCAAUUCAGGUGAUGCGCAAGGAGGCGGAUGCGCAACCUAUUUCCCAGAAGCCUCCACCUCCCGCUGAGAAAGUAGAAGUAAAGGUUCCCUCUGCCCCAGUUCCUUGUCCUCCCAGCCCUGCCCCUUCUGCUGUCCCUUCAUCUCCCAAGAAUGUGGCUGCAGAAGAGAGGGCAGCCCCCAGCCCUGCCCCUGCAGAAGCCCCACCCACAAAACCAGGAGAGGCUGAGGUGCCCCCAAAACAUCCAGGUGUGCUGAAAGUGGAAGCCAUCCUGCAGAAUGUGCAAGGACUGGAGCAGGCUGUGGACAACUUUGAAGGCAAGAAGACAGACAAAAAGUACCUGAUGAUAGAAGAGUAUCUGACCAAAGAGCUACUGGCCCUGGAUUCAGUAGACCCUGAAGGGCGAGCUGAUGUCCGUCAGGCCAGGAGAGAUGGUGUCAGGAAGGUCCAGACCAUCUUGGAAAAACUGGAGCAGAAAGCAAUAGAUGUCCCAGGUCAGGUCCAGGUUUAUGAACUCCAGCCUCGCUCCCUUGAAACUGAUCAGCCCUUGCAGGAAAUCAUGGAGAUGGGUGCCAUGGCAGCAGACAAGAGUAAGAAAAGUGCUGGAAAUGGAGAAGAUCCCAAAGCUGAGGCCCAGCAGCCAGAAGCCAAAGCAGCAGCAACUCUCAACCCCAGCAGCACGACAGACACAGCUGGUAACGCAGCAGCACCAUAGUCUCGCUCAGGAAAGCUCAGGCCCAGAGACUGGGAACUGACUGCGCUUUAGGGAAUAGAAAGUUGCAUGCAUUUCAGAACUUCAAGUCAGUUGGUUUUUACUAUUUGUAGCCGCUUGGUACGCAGUAACUUGAGUGGAGGCAAACCGCACUAAUAAAAGGGUGAGAAGGAGAAGGAUGCUUUUCUUCUGUAUUCUUAUUCUAUACAAAGAGAUUGCUUCUUUCAAAAGUUUAACCCCAUUGCUUGUCAAUUUGGGGCCCUCUCUGCAUAGCCACCAUAUGUUAGCCAUUGUGAGCCAUCUUCCUGUAGCUCUGGACUGAAGGAGUUUUUUGGCUGGUAGAUGGGGAAUCGAAUUCUCAUCACAUGAAUAUGAAACAUAUUUUUCAGAAAUGUUGCUGUUUAAUGGGAUGAUUUUCUACAUCUCAUAGCUAAAGUACCUAACCUUAGAUAGGAUAAAAGGUGUAAGGAGCCAGGGGAAUAUCUGUAUGUGGAUGACUUUAAUGCUACAUUAAAAAAAAUAAAGUAAUAUAACUAAAAA